CAGCAGUAGUAGUGAAGGUAGUGAUGACAAUAUUUCACCAGAACUCCGGACUACUAUCAUAUUAGCACUUAAUAACUUGGAUGACCAGAAUAGACUAAAUCCAAAAAAGCUAUGGAGAAAG